CCGCUGUUUCCCCGGAGCAACACCUUCUUCUUCCACCUCUCGCAUUUAAGUUCGUCGCUAUUCCGAUCGGAAAUUUCACCGGCCUUAGCUUAAGUUAAUAACGUAAAUACUCCUUUCAUUCACUCUCCGCCGCAGAGACAUGGCGGUCGCUCCCCUCGCAACCUCUACUCCGAUCGGUUCGAAAAAUCCCAGACCACUGAGCUCAAUCUCAAGCAGUCCAUGCUCCGUGGAAGCAAAGAAUCAUCAGAUAUGCGAAAUUACUCUUCUCUUUACUUCCUUAGUUGACUAUCCUGAACUAAAGUUCGGGAUGUUUAUUAUCGAAUCCAGGGCAAGCAGCUUAAUCUUUUAAAUGGAGUUAGCUUUUACCUUCCUGAGAAAAGUUGAGUUUUAUGAUCUGAUUUAUUUUUAGUGUUUUUGCUUCACUGUUUUCCAAUCAAUUAGUGUUGCAUACUUUCUUACACAUCCGUCCAUGUGACGGGUUGCUUAUCCAUGAUUGACUGCAGAUCUUGUAAACAUAAAGUAAGUAGUAUUUUUGUUUUUGGAUCGCAUGCUAAACUGUUUGUUCAUAAGAGACUGAAGAAAAUUUUGAUGUCUAGAAAUAAAAGUUGCUAAUAGCAAUGUUACCCAAUGAUUAAGUUUUUGGUUCUGUUAUGGCAAUGGAUGGUUAGGGACUAUGAAUUUGAAUGGUUGUGUUUCUUUUAGCUUUUUGGUCUAUGAAUUUUUGAACCUUCAUUUGGCACUACAGAUUUCAAGGUUUUUGUCAAAUUUAUUUAAAUUAUUGUUAAUGCUGUUUUGAAAUAAUCAGAUUGGAGGGCACAGACAUAUGUUGUAAAGCUUCUGAGGCUUUAAAGAAAGAAUUGACCUCAAG